AUGAACAUAACAGACCAACUUAGAAUUCCAGACAAUUAUCAGGAAGCUUUUGCAAAAAAUAUUGUUAUUGUUUCUCUUGCUAUAAUCAUUAUUUUCAUAAAUGGAAUGUUAGUGGUCACUUUCUUCUGCAACUCUGUAUUUCAUAGUGAGUCCAGAUACAUUUUAUACAUUAACCUUGUAAUAAAUGACAUCCUCAUGAUCUGCAUAUCAGUGACUUUGUAUGUAUUGACUUAUGCAUGGCCUUACAUAAAUGUUUCUGUUUGUUGUACACUAUUAGCAAUAGCAUCAACUACUUAUAUGAACACUCCUUUGAAUUUGGCUGGCAUGGCAGUAGAACGUUACAUUGCUAUCUGUAAACCACUGCAUCAUAAACAGAUCUGCACUGUGAAAAGUACCUAUAUGUUAAUAUGUUUGCUAUGGGGAACUGGAACUAUCCCUGCAAUGAUAGACAUCAUCAUUAUCACUGCAAUGCAGCCCAAUACUUUUUUUAAUUCUCUCACAUUCUGCCAACCGAUUAUUGUGUACAACACAGCUUAUCAUGCACAAAAGACCAUUGUUACACAGGCUAUUUAUAUGUCUGUUGUGUGGAUAACUUUAAUCUAUACUUACUUUAAAGUUCUUUUUAUAGCCAAAGUUGCCUCAUCUAGCCAUCAUCAAAAUUCAGCUAAGAAGGCCCGAAAUACAAUCCUGUUGCAUGGUUGUCAGUUACUCCUCUGCAUGAUGUCAUAUGUAACACCUGUGUUGGAUAUGCUGUUAAUUCCUUUUUUUCCAACUCAUCGUACUAAGAUCACCUUCUUUAACUAUCUGCUUACAAACAUUUUACCUAGACUCCUGAGUCCUCUAAUUUAUGGAAUUCGAGAUCAAAAGUUUGUGAGACUUAUUAAAGGCUACUUUUCCUGUAACAUGGUCCUUGUAAAGGUUAGAUUAUCACAUAUGUGGUAGAUCUGAUCUGGAUAUAAAAAUAAU